AUGAAGCGGUUCAUGGCCAUUCAUAAAGCUCAUGAACGCCUCGGCCCCAUUGUCAGAGUCGAGCCCAAUCACUUAUCUUUCAGUUCCCCAGAAGCAUUUGCCGACAUCUAUUCGCACAGCGCUAGCAACAUUCUCAAGGACGUUUUCUACGAUGCUAUCGCUGGUCCCUUCCGAAGCUCAGGGAACACGAGAUCUCGCGAAGAACACACGCGAAAGCGGCGGACAAUUGCAAGCAGUUUCUCGCCCAAGGGCGUUGCCGAGUACGAAGAAUGUGUUCUCAAGGCAGUCCAGAGUCUCCUUACCAGGCUAGACAAACUCCACGCGCAAUGUGGUGACAACGGCUUCAAUGCGACGCCGUGGAUUCACAUGUUCACGUUUGACGCCAUCGGCGAUAUCGUCUUUGGGAACUCAUUUCACUUCCUCGAGAAUGGAAAUGACACAUGCACCGCCGAGACGCCUGAAGGCAAGCAGUAUCAGGUUGAAGCCAUUGCAUCCUUCCUUGGGGGGGUCAAGUUUGCUAACAAUCUCGGCUACCUCGGCACGGAUCUUGCAAAAUGGUUGAAGAAGAAUGUCCUGUACUGCACAUACGGCGCGAAAAUGGGUGCCAACUUCUCGAAUAUGAGCAUCUACCGCAUCCGGCGACGUCAGGAGAUUCCCGAGGAGGAAGCUCCUCACGACAUCUGGUCUCGGAUUAUAGCUGCGAAUCGGAAGCCUGACGGCUACGUGAUGCCUUUCGGUGAGCUUAUUGCUGAGUCAAAUUCACUGCUCAAUGCCGGCAACGACACCAUUGGCAGCGCACUCACAAGCCUCAUGUAUCACCUAGCCCGCAACCAAGCAGCCCAGAAAAAGCUCCAAGAGGAGAUUGAUCCAGUGUUCCCUGCAGAUGUUCAGGUCUGCAACAAUGAUGCCGUGAAGGAUAUACAAUACCUCCGCAAUUGCAUCGAUGAAGCGCUCCGAGAACGUCCUCCUGUCGGCAUUGGCCUGCCUCGGAUCACGCCUCCCGAGGGUUGUGUGAUCGCUGGCCGGAAGAUUCCAGGCAACACGACCGUCUCGGUCCCAACGUGGACGGUUCACCAUAACCCUGAGCUGUUCCCCGAUCCGUUCGAGUUCAAGCCCGAGCGCUGGACAGAUGAGAAGCAAUUGCCGGCUUUGAGGAAAUUCUGUCUCCCCUUUAGCACGGGAGGUCGAGCCUGUGUAGGUCGAAACCUCGCGUAUCUUGAACUUCAGGUCGCUGUCGCAUCGAUAUUUCACCGGUUCCACGUCGAGCUGGUAGACCCGAAGGCCGAGCUGGACACUCUCGAAUGGUUCAAUAGCAGUCCAGGAGAGCUGUGGGUCAAAGUCACACCGCGACUAUCAGCAUAA